AUGUGGUCGUCUACUUCCAGCGUUAUACGCUUGACCGCGGAGAACACUCUGGAAAAGACGACUCUAGAUCGGGGUGCUUACCUAGCGGCGAAGAGGGAGGCUAAAAAGGCAGUCUUCAAGGCGAAGUCGGAUGGCUACAAGGCUGUGUACGACAUGCUUGAUACUAGAGAAGGCGAGCGGGCAAUGUAUCGUUUAGUCAGAGCGCGUCAUCGCUCAACGUUGGAUAUGGAGCACACCAAAAUCGUUAAGGGAGCUGAUGGAGCCGUUCUGCGCCGCUCUGGUCAGAUCCUGGAGAGGUGGCGAGAGUACUACAAUCACUUGUGUAACGAAGAGUUCUGUCAUCCUCCCAUCCCAACUGUACCCAGCGUCGAGGGUCCUGUUCUCCCAAUUACUGCCAGCCAUGCGAAGAGAUCGAGGGUCCGUGUGGCAACACUAUUUAACAAGAUCGUUGCAAAAGGACGGACUCCAGACGUUUGGCAAACUUCCGUGACCGUACCUGUCUGGAAAUGGAAAGAAGACAUUGCUGACUGCACCUCGUACAGGCCUAUACGACUGCUGUGCCAUACGAUGAAGGUUUUUGAGCGUGUCCUGGAAGCUCGUCUGUGGAAAAUUGUUAGCGUUUCACUCAACCAGUGCGGCUUUGUAAAGGACUGCAGCACUAUAGAUGCUAUCCAUGCUGUCCGAAUCCUCCUGGAAAAACAUCGAGAGAAGAACCGCAGUGUGCAUCUUACUUUUCUCGAUCUCGAGAAAGCUUUCGACCGUGUCCCACAUGAGCUGUUAUGGAUGUCCAUGAGGUCGCAUAGAGUACCAGAAGAAUAUGUGCCGUGGACGAAGCUGCUUUAUGCGAAGCCUACCAGCGUUGUACGAUGUGCUGCUGGAACAAGCAGGUCAUUCCCUGUACAAGUAGAAUCAGCAUCCGUGGACUUUACUCUUUGCCGACGAUGUCAUGCUCACGUCGGAUCUCGAGAUGACCCUCAGAAACAAGUACAGUCUUGGAAAGAUCAGCUGCGGCAAUAUGGAUUGCGCCUCAACACAUCAAAAACUGAGUACAUGGAGUGCGGACCAAGGACAGAGGAUGGUUCAAUUCGUGUCGAUGGCACCGAAUUAAACAAGGUGAACUGUUUCAAGUACCUUGGAUCCAAAGUGACUUCCACAGGCGACAUUGAUCAAGAAGGUCGAGCACGUGUUAAUGCGGCAUGGAUGAAAUGGAAAAUGGCAACAGGGAGGACGGUUGUGCCUCCUGUUACCCUUUACGGAUGUGAGUGCUGGCCGACGAAGAAAGCCUUGGAAAGAGUGCUGCACGCUAUGGAGAUGCGGAUGUUGAGGGGGACGAUAGGUGUAACGCUGAAAGAGAAAGUAUCCAACGACACUGUACGUUCCAUUUUCGGCAUCGUCCCAAUAACUGAGAAGAUGAAGGAGGCGCGACUGAGAUGGUUAGGUCACGUCUUGUGGCGGGAGGAAGAUUCUGUUGCCAAAACCGCUCUGAAGCUCGACGUUUCAGGAGUGAGGUCGCGUGGGAGGCCAAAGAUUCGCUGGUUAGACCGUGUGAAGCUGGAUAUGAUAGAUGCACGUUUGUGUACGGCUGAUGCAAUGGAUAGAACCAAAUGGAAGACAAGAAGCAGAAAAGCGGACCCUGCAACAACGCGGGACAAACGCUAG